AUGGCCCUUUUGGAGCUGGCCAGACUGCAGCAGCCAUACGAAGCCGCGGUCAACGCCAAAAUCAGCAGUCAUCGCGUGGUUGUGGAGGGCAAAUACACGCUAUACACGGUCCAAGUAACCGUCGACACCUAUGCGUGGACGGUGGAGCGGCGGUAUAAGGAUUUUGAUAUCCUUGAUCAGCAACGGUUCCCCGAUCGAAGCCAGUCGUUUUUGCCGCCGAAGAAGGUUGUGGGAAAUUUGGACCUCGAAUUCAUCAAUGAGCGCAAGUCGGAGCUGAACAAAUACAUGGCGGCCCUGUUGGCAAAAGAGAUUGAGCAUCAAAAACAGAUGGGUGCCAAUUCCUUUUCGAUGCCCGUCGCUCGUUUCUUCGACUUUCACGAAUACGUAAGUCAAUUCGUACUGAAUUUAACGCGG